AUGGAUUUUUGGGCUGAAGCUGGCAAGGGCCGACACCUAUAAAAGGGAAUCAUUUGAAAGAUAAGAGAAUCGUCGUAAAAAGGGCGUUUGUGUCCAUGGCGUCCGCCUUUCCAACCCUCACAUCGUCCUCCGUAAACCCUUUACGAAAUCGAUGCAUUAAUACAAGUUUUGCGAGCUUGAAUAGAGAAAUCUCUACUUCUGGGGUUCAAAUUACGGAAGGAGUAGGCAAACUCCCAAAGCUUGUGCUUCUCUUCAUGGUAGGUAUUGAAGCUGAGAUUUAUUUAUUUGGAGGUUGUAUUACAUCGUGGAAAGUUGCAAAUGGCAAGGACCUCCUUUUUGUUCGACCAGAUGCUGUAUUCAAUGGGCAGAAGCCAAUCAGUGGAGGCAUCCCCCAUUGUUUCCCUCAGUUUGGUCCUGGUCCCAUGCAACAGCAUGGAUUUGCAAGGAACAUGAAUUGGUCCAUUUCUGAUACUGAAAACGUGGAAGGAAAUCCAAUUAUAACUUUAGAGCUUAAGGAUAGUCCUUACAGUCGUUCUAUGUGGGAUUUUGGCUUUCAAGCUAUGUACAAGGUCACGCUAAAUUCUAAGAGCCUUUCAACGAAAUUUAUAAUCACAAAUACAGACAAAAAGCCCUUCUCUUUUAGCAGUGCAUUGCACACUUAUUUUCGAGUAAGAAUCAUAAGUUCUUCUCCCACAAACAAGAUUAUCUUCUGUUAUUCUUGUUAUUGUUUUAAGUUUGAGAUGCAGUAUUUGCUGGCAGAUUUAAAUGGUGCCUUGAUAAUUCUGCAGGCUUCAGUUACAGGGGCUUCAGUGAAAGGUCUGAAAGGGUGCAAGACAUUGAACAAGGAUCCUGACCCUUCUAAUCCGUUGGAGGGGAAGGAAAAGAGGGAGGUGAUCGCUUUUCCUGGAUUUGUGGACUGCGUUUACCUUGAUACACCUAAUGAGCUACACCUUGACAAUGGACUUGGUGAUAAAAUUUCCAUCAAGAACACUAACUGGACAGAUGCUGUUUUGUGGAACCUGCACUUGCAGAUGGAGUCCUGCUAUCAGGACUUUGUCUGUGUUGAAAAUGCAAAGAUCGGAAAAGUCCAUCUAGAGCCUGAGCAAUCAUGGGUUGCAGAGCAGCAGCUGAGCUUUGGCUGAAGUAAUGUUGUGAUGCCGCAUUCUGAACUCGUAAUUUUUUUUUUUUUUUUUGGAUCUUGAACAAUAACCUGGAGAACUGGCCUAUGGUGUAUUCAGGACAGAAGUGAGAAUUGUCCAUUUACCUUCUCCACUACGUUUGGCAGCUGAUAUGCAGUCCAGCCAUUGUAAUUCUGAUAUCACAAGUUAACUGGUUGUAAUGUAAACAUGAAAUUGCUUGUAAGCUUUUAAUUCGUGAUAAUUUAGUUGCAUGAUUAUUGCCUUAAUCUUACAUGUGGGUGAGUUUCAAA